AUGGAUAAAGUCUUCGACUUUAUCGUGUGCGGAGGUGGCGCGAGCGGCUGCGUCGUCGCUGCACGGCUUGCUCAAUGCCCGGGCGUAAAGGUGCUUCUCAUCGAAGCCGGGUCAAACUGCGAGGACCUUGAGGACUCGCAAAUGGCCGGAGGGUGGAACUCCCUAUUUGGCGGAUCGACCGACUGGGGUUUCGAGUCACCUCCGUCGGCGGCCCUGGACGACCGACGCUUGCAACUACAUCGUGGAAAGUUCAUAGGCGGCAGCACGGGGCUUAACGGGACCCUCUGCAUUCGGGGCGCUAGGGCGGACUAUGACAACUGGGGCAUAGAGGGCUGGAGCGGCGAUGACUUUUUCCAAUACAUGAUGAAGUCUGAGAAGUUUCACCCAAAGCCCUGGUUUGAUGCCGACACGCAAGGUCAUGGCGACAGCGGGCCGCUCCACACGGAACCCCGAGAGCUGGCUCCCAUAUCGGAACUCAUCCUGCAAUCGUUCCAGUCCGAAGGCCUCCCUUAUGACGCGGACAUUUUCACGCACGGUCGUAACCCUCAAGGGAGUGGUCAUAUCACGAGGACACACUGGCAAGGCUAUCGAUCGACUAGUGCCUCGUUCAUAACCAUGGUCCGGGAUGGCAAUCAACUCGAGGUCGUCACAAACACCGUCGUGGACCGAGUGGUCCUGGAGCAAUCUCCAGACGGAUUAAGAGCGGUAGCAGUCGACGUGAUCAACAGUGACUCGUCUAGGUCGCGCUUCAAGGCCACACGAGAAGUUAUCCUUAGCGCCGGCAGUUACUGCAGCCCUGCUAUCCUGCUCCGAUCGGGGCUUGGCGCACGUGCUGACCUAGACCAACUCGGAAUUCCUUGUCAAAUUGACCUUGUGGGCGUCGGCAAGAAUCUACUCGAUCAUCUCAUCGUGUUCAUGUUUUACGAGACCGAUAAAGAAGGCCUCACCAUCGACCAUCUCAUUCAUCGGAAAGAGGCGUACAGCGAAGCGUUGAAGCUAUGGCGCGAUCACAAGAGCGGCUUUCUCGCCUCGUCUCCUUUCGGUGUCGGCGCAUAUGCCCGUCUGGAUGAACGCCUCAAACAAGAUCCGCAGUGGACUGGCGCAGCCCGGGAAGCUGGCAAGGACCCGAUGGGCCUGACCGCUGAUCAGCCAAACAUUGAAUUCUUCACCACCGAAUGCUAUGGGGGUCUGAAACGAUUUGCGCAUCUCCCCGAGGGAAAGUCGGUCUUUGGUAUCGUCGCGGAGCUCUUCUCGCCCCGAUCCCAGGGGACAGUGACGAUUACCUCGGCCGACGCCACGGCUCUUCCUGUCGUGGACCAUAACUACCUCGCAGAGCCUCUCGAUGUCUUGGUGCUGUCUGAGGCUUGUUCGUUUGCCAAUGAGAUCAUCACAAAAGGGAAAGGCACUUCGGCCAUCGUCAAGGGCUCCUGGCCGGAAGAAUCGCUUCACCAUACGUAUACAAGCCGCGAAGCUUGGACCCAGUAUGUCCGGGAGAACGCAACCUCAGGUUCGUCGCAUUUCGCAUUUCUUUUCUUCCCGUGUUUUCCAUUUGCCCAGUUCUAG